AGGUCUCCCACUAAGGAUGCGACAGCCAACAACAGCUCGCCGGCUGCUGCUGCUGCACCGGCCAAGCCUGCGCCUCCCGCUGCCACCGGUGGGCCCCCUGCUCGCCCCGGGCCACCUGCCAAACCUCCUCCGCCCUCUGUCACCCCCACUGCGCCAGCCCCCACUGCUACCGCUGCUAGCAAUGCCCUUGACGAUGGGUUUUUGUUGGAUCUAGACCCAAUUUCCUCCUCAUCAGGAGGGGGAGCUGCAGCAACUUCCUCUAUGACUGGAUGGGGAGAUCUCUUGGCUGAGGCAACUCCAGCUGCUGCUGAUGGAGCCUCUGAAGCUCUCCUGGCGGAGGGAGAGUCUGCUGAUGCUGAUGCUGCAGCUGCCCCUGCAGCUGCUGCGCCUACAGCAGUCGCCGCCGCCGUUGCUCCCCCUUCUGCUGCGGCCGCACCAGCGCCCGCCUCUCUGCCUGUCUCAGCUCCUGCCACCACCUCAGCCACCGACAUCGACCUUUUCGGAGAUGCGUUUGCACCUUCCCCAGGAGAUGGUCCUGCUGCCGUGGCCGCGGGCCCCGCUGCUGAUGCAUUUGGUGGAUCUGACCCCUUCGCUACAACGGAGGGGAGUGCGGACAUUGCUCCAGAGCUGGACCUGUUCGCUAUGAGGCCCUCUGACACGGGGGCCGCUGCCGCCAUCACCCCUCCCACCUCUAGUGAGGCGCCAACCAUCGUCGCCCCCAUCGCUGCCCCUGCUGCCCCCACCCCUUCUUCCACCACCACCACCACCACCACCGACACCACCACCACAGAGUCUGCAGCUGCCCCGACUCUAGAUAUCUUUGGUGAUAUGUUUGAUUCUAUGCCUGAGCAAAGCCCCACCACAGAAUCCAAAGCUGCUACCACUCCUAGCGUAGACCUUUUUGGUGCAGACCUACCUGCUGUUUCACGCGGGCCCUCUCCUUUGCCCGAGCCGGCUCCGGCUGGAGACAUUGUGACGGACUCGUUUACAUCUCCAGCUCCCGAUGCUGCUCCUCCCGCCGCUGCUCCUGCUGCAGCUCCAGCCCCAGAAGCCUCGUCUCCGCCCAAAGCGGAGCCAGCACCAGUCAUUGACCUGCUGGACUCCUUCAGUGGUCCUGUGGAGGAGACGCAGAGCUCUGCUCCCGGAGGCCCUGGAGACGAUCUGCUGGGAGGCCUGAUGUCCCCCACCCUGGCCCCCACUGCUGCCCCAGCUCUGGCUCCCCUGGCUCCAGCUCUGGCUUCAGCUCCAGUGCAGAACGACCUCUUGGAGUCGGGCUUUGACGCUCUGGGCUCCCUGCCUUCUCCAACACCACCGGUACCUGCUGUAGUUGCAGCAGUACCAAUAACACCAGCUCCAGCAGCAGCAGCAGCACCAGAAGCUACUACCACCACAUCAGCACCCUCUGGUGGCUUUGAUGCUUCAAUGUUUGAUGGAUUAGGCGACUUGCUGAUGCCCUCCGUAACACCCCAGAGCACCGGGGGCAGCACUGCUGGAAGCACAGCUGGAAGCAUGGGAACUCCCGUCGCAGCAGCGGGCAUUGCAGCCGCUCCCCCCGCCACCCCGCCGCCCACUAAAACCAUUGGAGGAGAUCUGGACUCGUCACUGGCCAACCUGGUUGGAGACCUUGGAGUAAAGAAAAAGGACCCACAGAGUGAGAAGAAGCUGACAGGAGGUGCCAACUGGAUGCCACAAGUAGCCCCCACAAGCUGGUCUACACCAGGAGCCCCCAUGGCUGGUGCCACCCCUGGAGCUCCUGGGGCACCAGGAGCAGCUCCACCUGGUGGAGCCAUGGUGCCACCAAUGAGUGCACAGCCUGGCUUUGGCAUGCCACCAGCAGGAGGGCCUGGAGCUCCCAUGAUGCAGCCUAUGAUGGGGCAGCCUAUGGUGGGACAGCCCAUGAUGAGACCUCCCUUCACAGGGGUGGCUGGAGCUGCACCUGGAGCUGCUGCACCCGGAGCACCGCUUUCUCCAGGACCUGCAAGCCAGAGUCCCAAGAAGCCCAAGGACCCUCUGGCAGAACUCGACCUCAAGGACUUCUUAUAACGCCCCAGCUACUUUCUUCCCUGGAGCAGUGCCCUCUCACCUUUUACCUGGUGUCUGUCAACAUCUCAGGAUGCCAGUGAUGUUCAGCUACUCAACCUUAUAAGAGUCUCUUUUCUCCACCCCGCCCAUCAGCACCCCCACCCUUCUCCUGUGUGAUGUUGUAGCACAAACUGUGAAAGUGAACCAUAGCGGAUUAUAUAUGAAUAUAAGAGAAAAAAAAAAACAAGCGUGUGCUUAUGUAGAUGUACCGAUCUUUUGUCUAAACAAAACCACACAAAAUCCUGACAAAAAAAGUCCACAAAAGUAAGUGAGAGAAAGUGAAGGCGUAUGUGUUUAGACUUCUUUCUAGUGCUGAGUUGAAUGAUGGAUGUGCUUUGGUGUCCUAAGCUCCACCCGCCACCCUGUAUUUUUGUCCCUGCCUCCUUAUGAAGGGGGAGGAGCUCUUCUUUGUCCCACUCUGACAUGAUAAGAGUGGUAAACGAAGCCCCAGUAGAUUUUCAGAGAAACAUGUGGUGUGUUGUUUACAGAAAGGUCCUCUUUGAUGUACAUAGAUUUCUCUGGUGAGGAUUCUGUCUCUAUUCUGUAUGUCUGUUGAAGAGAAAUAUAAAUGUGAAUCUGACAUGAAAUUGUAAGAACUUGUGUGAGUAUCCUUCUAUUUCCCGUCAUCAUUUGAAAGUAUUUGGAAACAAAUAUGAAUACCACUACAUGAUUAAUAUACUGUAUAUUAAGAAACAACUUCUACGGGCUUCUCAAUCAUACCAGACCAGCAAGUGAUCCUUUUAGUUUGUUUCUUUUUUUUACUUGUUGCUUAUUUUUAUUUUUAUUUUUUGUCAUAUUUAUAUGUUCUGUGUCUUUUGGAAUAUCCCUCCAUACCGCUGUUGAUAUUUGCUGGCAUUGCUAUUAAGAAACAUAUCUUACAACUUCCAGAGAAAAUGCUUUAGUUAUUCAUCAUAAAGGUGAAUUUAAACUGUCCUUCAGUCAGUCCAACUGUCUGUGCGAGUGUCUGCCUAGUAUUUUGACACUUCUCAUGUGAGUAUGUCUUUUGCCUUUGUUUUCAUUAUAACUUAUAUUAUAAACCAGGUCAGUAUGGUUAUUUUGUAUUUAAUAAUAUUUUCCAUUGCCAUACUAAACUUUAUGUUCAGACAGGUCAAAUUAAGUGUCGUUAGUUCAGAUUUAAAUUACUUUCACAUGUGGUUUGCAAUGGAUAUGAAACUCAUCAACAGAUUUCAAAUAACAGGAAAAGACUUAGGUCUUAAGUCAAAUUCAAGAGCAGAUUAAAGGUACCCUGUUGAUUUAUAUAUAUAUAUAUAUAUAUAUAUAUAUAUAACAAAAAGAAUUAUGUUUGCAUUCACUGUUUCUUACCAAAAAAGUUUACUUUCUCAUAAAACAUUUGAGGAGCUUUUUUUUGUUUAUAUAUAUAUAUAUUGUUUACGAACAAACCAGGGGCCUGCUCAUCAAAAAGUUGCUCUCUAGUGCUAUAAGGAGUCAAAAACUCUACAGGGUACCUUUAAUUUCCACAUUACCAACCUGUUCCACUCAGUGCUGUCGGACAAAAUGGGCCAACUGACAGUGUGCAUGAGAUAAACACUGACAUUUGACAAAAGCUGUCUGAACAUAAUGUUUUUUGAGUUGCUCAUUUGAUCAUUGCUGAACUUUGGCCAAUUGUCAGUGAAACGUCUGUAAUACUGUGUGUGGCCACAUGGGAACAGUGUGUAAAGACACCCGCAGGAGGUCAUUGUUGAACCCUCUAGCCAUGAUCUUGCUCCCCACAAGCAUCUUUACACAAAGUACUUGUGUUACCACUGACUUACAGUGGAAUCAAUAUGUUCUAGUGUUGACAUGCAUUUGGACAGCUGUAUAGCACCAGUCCCGGUCCUGUGCUAAACUGCAGACAGUUAUAAAGCUUACUCUGUGUAUCAUUUCAGUGGACUAUGUAUGCGAUUGGUUGUGAGAAUCAGGUUAGAUUCAGAGAAAAUAAUGGGAGAUUAUUAACAUUUUUCAUGACUGAAUUAUUAAAAUUGUAUUUUUGUUUAGUUGUAAAUUUAUUUUAUUUACGAUGGCCCUCCCCAGUGCAUGUAAGCCCUUUGAGAUGCAAUAAAUUCAAUGACGGAUUGAA